GCAUAGGAAUUGCCACCUGGAAUAGAGUGGAGGUCCAUCUUGUCCUGAACCCCAUCGCUGGUCGUGGCCAGUACCAACUGCUUCAGAGGAAGAAGCAAGAGACACUGCAGCAGCCUGCUCAUAGGGAAAUUUCUUCCCAGUCAGUUAUAGCCCUAGGUGUUGAACUAUUGAUUUCAGUAGGAGUGUCAAAGAUGGAAAAGUUGCAGUCCUAUUUAACGUUGGAUGAAGAUGACUUCCUCUCUGACCUAAGCAGUGGGGACCUAGAGAUGUUGCUAUCAUUGCUGCUGGGUAAGGUACAUGAAAGCGAAGUAAGAGUGAGCACAGAGAAGGAUGAGAUCAUGAGACUUGAGACAGAAAUAGCACAAUAUGUCACAGAAAGAGAGAACUGUCUGUCACUGGCAGCACAGAUUGUGCAUUUGCAUCCAGUAUUGGAAGAGGAAUUCAAGACUCGAGAACAACUUCAAACUGUUGCAGCUGAACUGAAAAGGCUGAAAAAGGAUAUUGCUCAAGAUACCAGUGAGCAGGCAGAUGCAGCCAAAUUAGAACAGUUGAUAGCUGAAUCAGAAACCAUGAUAACCUCUCUCCAUCAGAAACAGCGUAUGGUUAAAAGCGAGAAAGUCCAUCUGAUUAAGGUACUGGAGACCACCCAAAAUACCCUUUCCGAGGCACAGGCAGAAAGCCAUGCAGCUGAUCAGGAGCUGCUUCGCUUGCAGAAGGAAUGUACUGAGCAAGCUAAUGUGAAGUCUCUGGGGGAUAAUGAAGCUGACAGACAGCUGGAUGCCUGCAUCAGACAGCUGGGAGUGUUAAACCUCCUUGCUAGGAAAAAGUGAACUUCUGUCUCCAGCAGGGGAUGUGUUAGUCAGUAGACCUGAAGUUCCAAAUUCCACUUGGAGAAGAUGUAGGCAAGUAGGAGGUGUGUGGCCACCAGUACACAGAGCCCCUGUUGUAGGAGGCAUGGGAAGAGACACCACCUUGAGCAUAGCUGUACUGGGUUAAGCAGCCUGACAGCUCCCCAGUUUGAUUUCAUUUUAUUUCAUUCACCUUUCAGCUGUCCACCAAGACAUAGCGGCAAAAUAAUUUCAUUGUUCUUCCCUAAUCUCAUCUUCUCUGGGUGCAGCUUGGGGGACAUGAAGCAAAACCUGCUGUAUGAUGAAUUCUGCUACUCUCUGUUUCAUGUAUGCAGGGUUUCAUUUUCAUAAAUAUUGAGACUAGUCCAAUGUUUUGUCAUUGGUGUCAGGGAUGCAGAGACUAAAGGAAACCAAUGAUUUAAGACGGUCCCAUUUCAGCCAAACUCUCUCCUGGCAUCAGCCAUUUCCAUGUCAGUGCACCCUGGUUUGAGUUGGUGCUUCCCACCCAACAAAAGAUUUCCCUUUCCAGCUAGUAGUCUAACUUCCCUGUUUAGAUACGCCAUAUCCACUGCGCCGAUGCACUUCAAUUGCUGUCUCAUUCCACUUCACAUGGACCUAUUACCGUUCUUUGGACUGGGUUGCCUUGAAGUUUCUCCAUAUUGAGAGUGGAAUAUCUCUAGGAAAUCUGUGAAGAUCAUCGGGUGUAUGUGACGCAGAACUGGAGACAGAAGCCAUUUACUGAUCUGGAAGCUGGCCAGCUCAUGGGAGACUAUGUACAAAAUUGUGGCUAGCUGUAAUUGUAAUGCAGUGUGGCUAGAUUUCUAGAAUGCUCUGAACAGAGACAUGUUUUUGCAUAACUUCAAAAUAAAGUCAACUUUCUUACAUAAGCAGCUUCUUUUUAAUUCAAUCCCUUUGUUACCUGAAAGUGCUCAAAAGCCCUGCAUGCCAAUGACUUUUAUCCUGUCAUCAAUAAGCAGCAUAGGUGAUGCUCAGUAAGGUGACUGAUGCUGUGCACUGAGGAUGCUAUAUAAAGGCAGCAGCAUCCAUUGGACCUCGGAUCACUUCACGUAAUUUUAUACAGGGAUCACAGCAGCCACCCUAUGGAAUGUGGUAGCAGUUUAACAGUAGCCA